CUCUCUGCCUGCUAACGAAUUAGCUCAAAAUUCGAGAAAACCAGCCUGUUUACAGCUCGUUAGGGUGUAUCUUCCGUUCCGUAUCAGAACGCUGGGCGCUAAAUGCACUGAAUGUUUGUUUCUGUCGGACUAAGUUAGUCGGACGAACUUAUUUCGUCAGCGGGAGUUCGUGUCGAUCUCUGUUAGCUUGAGCGGCUAAUCCAGCCAAAACGACAAGGAACAGGCACAGCGGGCUAAAUCCCAAACUUCAAGAUGAGCGAACACCUUAAAUCCAUCGUUGAGCAACUGAACAGAGAGCCGUUUAAGAAAAACUUUAACCUCAUCACGUUUGACUCGCUGGAGCCAAUGCAGCUGCUGCAGACUUUAAACGAUGUUCUGGCUGAAAUAGACCCAAAGCAAGCUAUAGACAUCCGUGAGGAAAUGCCUGAACAGACGGUGAGGAGAAUGUGUGCUCUGCUGGGGAUGCUGAAGUACAAACUUCCUGGAAAUCAGUCAGAUGUGAACAGCUUCAGACAGGGUCUGGUGACUGGCAGCAAACCUGUGGUUCACCCAAUCCUCCACUGGCUGCUUCAGAGGGUCCCUGAACUGAAGAAAAGAGCAUACUUGGCUCGUUUUCUGUGUAAGCUCGAGGUGCCUGCAGAGUUUCUGCAGGACGACGUAAUCAUCGACACAUAUCACCAGUAUGAGGAGCUGGUGGAAGAAUUUAAGGCGUAUCAUAAGGAGUGUGAGCACCUGAGGACUUCAGGAUUCUCCACCGCGGAAAUCAGAAGGGACAUCAGCGCCAUGGAAGAAGAGAAGGACCAGCUCAUCAAACGUGUGGAGAGGCUGAAGAAGAGGGUGGAGUCAGUGUCAAACCACCAGCAGAUGCUGGACCAAGCCCGGCUGCUGCGAGUGGAGAAGGAGAGAGCAGAGUCACUGGCUCACCAGAAGCAGGAACAGAAGAACCAGCUGUUUCAGGCGGAGCAGAGACUGCUGCGUUCACAGCAGCAGCUGAAAGACCUGCGCCAGGCUGCAGCAGACGCCAGUCCAGAGAGCUUAAUGAAGAGACUCGAAGAGGAGAUCAAGACCAACUCCUACCUGGUCUCUGAGAAGCAGAAAGAGCUGCAGGGCACGAGGCGCACGGUGCACUACCUGCAGAAGGUGGCGUCGGAGCCGGAGCCCAGCCAGGCCGACCUCCAGGAGCUGAAGGACAAAAUCAAAGCCGUGGAUUCUCAGAUAAACCAGCUGAUCGAGAAGAAGAUGAUGAGAAAUGACCCCAUCGACGACAAACUCACCCUUUACAGGCAGCAGGCCUCCAUCAUCACCCGGAGGAAAGAGGCGAAGGCCGAGGAGCUCCAGGAAGCGAGGGAGGAGCUGGCGGCGGCAGAGAGGGAGCUGAGGCAGAGGACCAGCCAAACACACACCGCAGACGGAGCGGAGGUCAUCCGUGGCGACGAGCUGAAACACUUGGUGGGGAGGCUGCGCAGUAAGGGCACCGUGUACAAGAAGAACCGUCAGCAAAUCGCCGAGCUGAGGGCCGAGUAUGGAGUCCUGCAGCGGACGGAAGAGGUUCUCAAGCAGAGAUUUGAGACUGUCCAAGACAAACUGCGGCGUCUGGAGGCUGAGAAGGGAAUCUCUGGCUACAGCGACACGCAGGACGAGCUGGAGAACGCCUCUGCCUUGAAGAACGACCUGGACGAGAAGAAGGCCCGGACCCUGGACGACAUGUCUGAGAUGGUGAAGAAGUUAAAUUCAGUGAUCGCAGAGAAGAAGUCGGUUGUCGCACCGAUUAUCAAGGAGCUGAGGCCGCUGAGACAGCGCUACCAGGAGCUCAUCCCAGAAUAUGAGGAGAAGAAGGCGCAGUAUGAGAGCUGUGCUGCUGGUUUGGAGAGCAACAGGUCUCAACUGGAACAGGAUGUGAAGGCGCUGAGAGAAGAGACCGCACAGAGAGAGAACCGGUACCAUCACAUCAACUGCAUGACGGCGAUCAUCGAGAUGCAGCUGCAGCGUGCGGCCGAGGAGACGAAGGCCUACGUGUCCUCUGAUCCGCAAGAGAGGAAGAAGACCGUCAGGGAAGUUUACAUGAAGAACAUUUCCGAACAGGAGUUACUCGGCAAGAAGUUGCGUGAGGAGCAGAAGAUGGUGAGGGAGAGCCACGCCGAAAACAUGGAGCAGAUGGAGCUGUGGCGCGACCUGGAGAAGCUGAUGGAGUGCAAGAAGAAGUGCCUCAUCGAGGCCCAGAACCAGGCGUCCGUCGGCCAGGUCAUCCAGGACGAAGGGAAGGACAUGCUGCUGCUGUGACGCGUCGUCCCCGCAGCACAUUUUAUAUUCCAAACCGGUCACUGCUCUCAGUUCUGCCUUUUUUUCAUUUUAAUUGAAUUUCUGCAAAUUUGAAUAUACACAUAUACCCUUGUUAACCAAAGUUCAUGUUUUUGUCAGCCGUUAAUAAAGUAAAAAAUAUUGAACUGUUUUUUUUCCAUUUUACCAACGAAAGAACUACAACUUACUCCUAUUUUGUACUGUUAUUCUUAAAAAUGACUCUUUACUUGUACAUAACCUGAACCAGCCAUGGCUACAAAUGGUUCUGUGCUGUAGGAGCCCGAUGUGGAAGGUGGGAACAACACCGUUCUUACCGUAGACAAACCCACAGCGCUGUAUCAGCAGAGGGAAAUGAGAAAAAUUCAUUUAGUGUUUUAUGGACCUUUUUGUUAAUGAAAGGGGGACGUAACCCAAAGAAAGUCAACAUCUGGGACUGGAUUGAUCGCUACGCAUCAGGAGCAUCAUGCUCUCAUUUAUAGAUCAUUAAGUAAAUCUAUAAAUAGAAAUGUGUAGAUUUAUUAAUAAGAAGCUUUGAGCAUAGAAGUGUCCACAGUGUUGGUGUCCAGCUCAGCUGGAGGAACAAGAUCUAUAGAUGUAUCGAAGAAGGCCACCAAAACAGUUGUCACAGUUGGGUCUGUUCGACAGUUUGUGUGGUCUGAGAAGCGAACCUCUGACGCGUUUUAAGAUGUUUUGUUAAUCCAAAGACUUGAAAAACACUGAGUUUGAGUGACGGGUUUUCCCUCUCUCUGGCCUGGUAGACUCCUUUUUCACACUUCUUUAAGAAUACACUUUCAACGUGUCCACAGAUAACGGCGCACAAAGUGGUGCACUUGGGAUGAGGCAGCGGUCAACUAUUUCUGGCCGCACGAGGCUCGACCUUGGACAUGGAUUGAGAUUCCAAUUUAGGAAUUCAUGGGGACCUUCGCUGCUUCGGACUGUGGAAAUGAAAUGGUCACACUGUUGGAUGCGAUUACCGGUCCUUAUUGUUCACCUUGGACAAUUAUAAUAACCCACAUGUUGUUUGUGUGUGUGUGUUUCCAUUUAAUAUGUUUUGUAUUUAUUUUGACUCAUGUUUAUUCAUACAGUUCAUUCAUAAAUUCCCAUUUCUGAAGCAAUGAAUAGUGACUAAAAAUAAGGAAGUCUUCAGAUGUUCAGUUUGAUUCAUAAGCAUAAGUUUGUCUCUACAUUUUGAGAUGUUUUUAUCAGCUAACACUGCUCACCUCUCCACACCGACUCAUGUUGUUCCAAACAAAUGUCUUCAUGGCUGUUUCAGGAUCCGACUCUCCCCCCUCCCGCAGAAACCUAAUCUGCCGCUGACAGCCGCUGUUAGUGGCUCUCGGGCCAAACGGAUCAAGUGUGCAUUGUCAAAGGCAGCUUGGUGUCCAACUGGGCAGCGCCGUGUUAUUAUUGUUCCAGCACCUUGUGCUUCUUGGGGCCUUAUUAAGACAUGUUAACAGAUGACGCGCGCCAGUCCUGUAAAACAUCUGACAGUGAUCCCCUCACUAAAGCGCCCAGUGGAGGCCGGAUGGGUUAACCCGCCGCCUCACACCUCUGCAGCAGAUCAGCCGCCUUAACAGUUGUUCCUCCGGCUCGUUGAAGAAAUGGGAGUUAGCCCGGCUUCAUUGAUUGGAUCUCGUUACACUAACUUCGUGUUUACAGGGUUUCCUUCUCCCCCGCGGUGCUGGUAUGUCGCCGUCUCCCCGAGACGUUAAUCUGCGGCCCG